AUGGCUAAUGGUGACUCAAAAUCCAAACCACUCAACGAAGAAACAAUGAAAAUCACCAAGUAUAGAGAGUGUUGGCGUAACCAUGCCAUCUUGACUGGUGGCUAUGCUGUUGAUGGUUGUGGAGAGUUCACUCCAGAAGGUGUUCCGGGUACUAAAGAAGCUUUCAUAUGUGAAGCUUGCGGUUGUCAUAGAAAUUUUCACAGAAAACAGUUGAUCAAGAACGGAAUCAUUCUUCUUGAUACUCAUCAUUCACCUCCUCCAUAUAGGCUACAUGAUGCUUCUAUGUGGGUAGAAAAGAAUGCUUUAGGGUUUCAUCCGUUGUCUUCACUUUCACUCACUUCACCUCCUCCUCCCUGUCAUCUACACACCCCAGUCAGUGAUCAAGAGUCUCUGGUCUACAGUGGAAGCAAGCCUGAGAAGAAAACGAAGGCAAGAAAAAGGCCUAAAAGAGGCACCUUAAUGCAGAACAAGAAAUGA